AUUUUUUUUCAAUUCAGGCGUCGACAAAGAAAUAACUGUUUUGUUGUACUUAACAUGUUGGAUCAUAUUUUUUUUACUGUAACAGGGCUUUUAUUAUGGGCUUAUCGAUUUUCAUUAAGGCCCAAUGAAGAAUAUCGUCGCGAGUGAUAAAAUUUCGAAUUUCUGCAAUUACUAACAAUUAACAAACUCGGCCGUCGUCAUGUCUCUCCGUAAAACCCUAACCGCCGUGAAUCAAUCUUCGUUACCGCCGGAUUCUUUAAUCUCCGCCGGUAAUCUCACUGUUUCAGAGGUCUCUGGUUCAUCUUCUAGAAUCAGAUUUCGUCCUCGUAAAAUCAGGAAAGUUUCGUCAGAUCCGUCGCCGAGGAUCAUUAUCACCGCGUCUCCUCCUCUAUCAACAAAAUCGACUGUUGAUAUCGCUCUACGUCACUUACAAAGCUCCGAUGAACUUCUCGGAGCAUUAAUCACAACGCACAACGAUCCUCCACUGUUCGACUCAAGUAAUACUCCGUUUCUCUCCUUAGCGAGAUCAAUCCUAUACCAACAACUCGCGACGAAAGCAGCGAAAUGUAUCUACGAUCGAUUCAUCUCUCUAUUCAACGGUGGAGAAGCAGGUGUUGUUCCUGAAUCUGUGAUCUCACUCUCCGCCGUUGAUCUUCGUAAGAUCGGUGUCUCCGGGAGAAAAGCUAGUUACCUCCACGAUCUAGCUGAUAAAUACAACAACGGUGUGCUUUCUGAUGAAUUGAUUCUGAAAAUGAGUGAUGAAGAGUUGAUUGAUAGGUUAACUUUGGUUAAAGGAAUUGGAGUGUGGACUGUUCAUAUGUUUAUGAUCUUCUCGUUGCAUAGACCUGAUGUGUUGCCUGUGGGAGAUCUUGGUGUGAGGAAAGGUGUGAAAGAUCUUUAUGGUUUGAAAAAUCUUCCAGGUCCAUUGCAAAUGGAGCAGCUUUGUGAGAAAUGGCGUCCUUAUAGGUCUGUUGGUUCAUGGUACAUGUGGAGACUAAUCGAGUCUCGUAAGACCAAAUAGCACCUGCCUGUAAUCGGGCAGUUAAUAUGAUCCUGUGACGAAGAAGCUUUUCCAUGCCCAUCACUUCCUUUCCAAGUUUCACUUGCUGGUAAUCUGAGUUAUUUUGUGUCUGUAAAUUAUGGAGCACGUAAGAAAAAUCCUUCUUGUAUUUUAACUGUAUUCCACGGAUUAUAUUUCUGUGACUGUUGUAAACAUGUAUCAUGUAUGGGGUUUCAUUUGACUUGGAUAUUGAGAAGCAUGGCUUAUUUACCAAGUCUUUUGUUUCUGUCUUGUACUGGGCUUGGCCCAAUGUCUCAUCCGGCCCAAUUGAUCAAGUGGUAGAUAGCUUGGAUCUGAUUUUGCCAAGACAGAUGUGAAAUCAACCCUUGCUUUCUUUUAACUUAAA